UUAUUAUAGUUAUAUAUCUUGUCGCAAUCAUAUUACAUUAAUAUGUAUAAUUAUCCAUGUUUUCACAUAAAUAGAGCCAUAUAUACUUAAUUAGUGGAAAGAAUUUCUUGAGAGGUUCGUAUAUAAUUACAUAAGACAAACCCUUUCUUCUUCAGAUUUCCACCAUUGAUCGAUUCUUCUAGUCAGUUUUCUUCCUUUUUCUUAGAUUUACUUACAUAAACCCUAAUCAAACCGACAAGAUAAAUAACAUGGCGGAGGAAUCGUAUGACGAAGAGUGCGACUACCUAUUCAAGGCGGUGCUGAUAGGAGACUCUGCCGUCGGAAAAUCAAACCUCUUGUCGAGAUUCUCGAGGGAUGAGUUUCGGUUAGACUCUAAACCGACCAUCGGAGUAGACUUUGCUUACCGGAAUGUUCGGGUGGGUGAUAAGACUAUCAAGGCUCAGAUAUGGGACACCGCCGGCCAAGAAAGAUUUAGAGCAAUAACGAGUUCGUAUUACCGUGGAGCCUUGGGAGCUUUACUAAUCUACGACAUCACAAGACGAAUCACUUUCAAAAACAUUGGAAAAUGGUUGUCGGAGCUCAGAGGCUUCUCUAGUCCUGAGACCGUCGUUGUUCUCGUAGGUAACAAAUCCGAUCUCGGGCAGUCUAGAGAAGUUGAAGAAGAAGAGGGUAAGACACUAGCCGAAUCAGAAGGUCUCUAUUUUCUCGAAACAUCAGCUUUAGAGAACCAAAAUGUUGAGGAAGCGUUUCUAAGCAUGAUCGGACGGAUACAUGAGGUUUUGACUCAGAAGACCGCGGUAGACAAUAGACCCAACGGUGACGGUAACAACGAAAGUAACGGUGCGGUCAUUCCCCCCAGUAAAGAGAUUGUGAAUAUUCAUGAAUUUACCGCCACUCGACCGUUGAGUACUUCUUUGCCCAAUUGUUGCUACAAGUAAAUAAAUUGAUCAUGUUGGCUUGGCCUGGAUUUGUCUUA